AUGUCGCUUCGCGCUGUGCGCGCAGAUGAUUCCUCAGAUCCCACAGUCGGUGACCUGUUCAAAAGCCGAGAUGCCCCAUCGUUUUUUGGGUCGUCUUACUUUGGCCCUCAAGCAGCGGCCAAGAUUAUGGAAGCUCCAGCACCUGAUCUGACUUCUGGGAUUCGAUCUCAGAUGGCCAGUUCUACGCACUCAUUCCGCGACGAGGGAGGCCCUUUCUCACAGAUAUGGGACCUCCUUGGUCUAUUGCCCCGGAAGAAGAGUACAGUCGACAGGAUCACCGAUUGCUUCCUUAAUGAGCUCAACUGGACCAUAGAUGCGGUGUGCCCGGCGUCAUUCAGAAGCAAGUACGACGAUUUCUGGGAACGGAAGUUUGGAUUUGAUGACUUUGCUACUAUAGACCUCCGGUGGCUCGCACUUCUCUUCAUUGUUCUAGCAUUCGGGGUGUUACUCGAUUGUCCACGUCCCAAGAAUAAGGAAGUCCAGAGAGAGCUUCAAGACACAUCAUUGCGCUUCUACUGGGCCGCAAGACGGGCUAUCGUAAUUGCUCCGACCUUCUACGGCGAGUCGACGGAUCUUGUAAGAGCGGGAGUGCUGGUUACGCGUUAUUUGAUAUACUCCCGACGAGUGCCUGAGUCGUGGCUUACGACUAGCUUUGCGAUGCGUAUGGCGCAAGCGCAAGGCAUGCAUAUCGACGGAGAGCGGUGGCGGCUCCCUCGAAAGGAGACCGAGACCCGCCGCAGACUCUGGAGCCAUUUAUACAUGCUCGACAAGACCAUUGCGUUGGCUUUAGGCCGUCCAUUUGCCAUUCUCGAUCAGCAAUGUCUCGUCAAAAAGGCGUCAAAUGUGUGGUUAGACGACAUGACCGAUGAGGAAGCAGCUAGUACCUCUGAAGCGCCUCUUAGCGAGCCAACGUUGAGUGUUUGUACUUCUUUGGCCCACCACCUCGCCAUCAUCGUUGGGAAAAUUCAAGAGCACUGCUUCGGCUUAUUUACUGAUUCCUACGACAUGGUGCUUUCCCUAAAUGAAGAGAUCGUAACCUGGGAAGCCAAACUCCCUCCGUACUUCAAGCUCCAUGACCCCGAUACUUCGAAGGAUGGCCUUCUUCCAUUCCUCUUCUGGAAUCGACUGCACUUACAUAGCAUGUAUCACUUUGCCAGAGUCACGCUACAUAGGCCAUACCUCCUUCGCCAAUCCAUCACGAACCGCUUUCGGCACAGCCACGACAUUUGCAUUGCAUCGGCUUGCGCAGAUCUGGACAUGAGGUUGAAGUAUCUCUCGCAACGACUCAAUGAUCGGCUGAAAUGGUGUCUCGGUCCUCACCAUCUCUUCAACAGUGCGCUCGUAUUGGGAAUCAUUGCCGUUCGCGAGCCGCACUCCCGCCGAUCCAUUGCCAUCCUUGAAGACCUUGAAGCCUACUGUGAGAUGCAGAAGAACGACAUCUGGAUCAACGAGUUCGCUCUCGCGGAGGUCAAGAUAGUCGAGCUCUGUAUCAAACGCGCGAGGAAGCUCCGAACUUCAGCGCAAAGUUCAUCUGCGGUGGCCGUCUCUCAGCCUUCGACUGUCCCCGCCCACGCAACCGAUACAACCGAAGGCUUCAGCUCUGCAAGCACGGAGACGAUUGCCCCAGCGGCGCCUACCAAUGCCCCAGCACCUCCGCAGCCGCAUUUUGACUAUUGCGGCAGCGAACCUCCACUCAUGCCAUCAUUUCCACCGGGCGACAACGCUCAACCAUGGCAAACCGCAUGGGCAGACCCGUCUUUCUCUCUCCUCGAAGCAGCGGACUUGCAGCACUGGGAGUAUGUGUUGGACAACAUAACGCAAUACCAGAUGAGCUUUAUGGGACAAUGA